AUGUUAACCCCCGUACCCGCAACCUGGAGCUGGGAGGUAAAGAGCGAAGCAGCUUUGAUGAAUACAGAGGACAGAUUUGGGAAGGCUGGGAGGGAUAGGGUCCAUGAGGCCAGAGUGGCCCCGCCCGAAGCGCCCACUGUGGGGGGAACGGGAAUGGACUGGUCAGAACUUGAACCCUUGUACAGACUUGACGAGCACGCCUACGAUCUCAAACUCAACUUCAACGUCAGCCUGGAGGACUGGGACAACUUUGGUGGGACCGUGGACAGGAUGUUCACGUUGCUCGGCAACUUCAACCACCAGCCGAACGGGCGCCGCAGCAACUUGAUUCCUGGGGAGGGUAGAGGAGGAAGAGACCACGCCCUGGUGUCCUCAACGGACCAAUCAGCCUCAGCCAUCUACCUGACCACCCUGGCCACCCCUGCUCUCCUGCUGAGAGAGGCUGGAGCCGAGGUCCUGAGGGAGGCACUGGGGCUGAAUGGAGGGCCGCACCACUCUCCCUCUCCCUCUCCCUCUCCCUCUCCCUCUCCCUCAUCCUCUUCCUCUCCCCUAGUUCCAGCUGAGGAGGGCAGCUCAGACUGGAACCGCGCCCCACCUCUUCUCAACCAGUUUGUGGAGGAGGGCCAGCUCACUCUGCAUGAGAAGGAAGAGGAUGAGGAGAGCAUGGAGAGAGGUGAUGAAGAGGAGAAGGAGUUGUUGAGGAGGCGGUCAUCCCGGUGGAGACUGAACCAUGCUCACUGUGACUGCAGUGACUUUGUUCAGGAGGCUGAGAAUGGGUUGCCCGUAUGACUGCUUGUAAGACCCCUUUCUCUCUCUCUGUCUCCCCUCCUCACCUGAGAUUUUAGGGACACUGAACCAGCACAACCUCUGGCCUGUCCCCCACCCUGACCUCUCACCCUCUUCCUCCUUAUGCCACAGCAGCACCUCCAGGCUGAUAUCGGGAUGAGCCUGUCCCUUUAAUCCAGACUGUGGCCCUCCAAUGCCCCAGUCAUAGCCCAGGCCAGCAGACUGCCCCCUGCUGGCCCCUUCCUGUAAUACACCACCACACAACAGACUUCACAAGGAGAUCCUCUAGGCUCGAACGCAGCAGCAGUACAUGAUUAUUUUCCUAAUGCAGGACUUUGCUUCGGUUUUUGUUUGUGGGGCAGGGAACAAAUGGGAGAGGAAAGGAAACUUGAUAGAUUUUUGAUAUUCAUUGGAAUCUUUGAAAAAUAUUUUGUAUUGUGGCCAUGUGUACUUUACUUUUAGGUUUUUACUACUAGCUAUAUUCAUUGGCGGCGAUUUCAUCCCACUGUGCAGCUUCAGUGUAUGUGGCACAUUGAUUUCAUGUUUUUUACCCGUGUGUUACUAAUCAACAUUUAAAACCCCUUAAUUCUAUUAAAUGCAGAUGAUCAGUUAUGAGAUUGCAGCGACGCACGCACACACGCACACACACACUUUCAGUUACAGUGCAACCUGCCUUUGAGUAUGGCGGCAAACAUGCAUGAGUGGUGGUUAGGGCUAAAGUGCAGGUAGGAACUGGGAGAGUGCCAUCUCUUUUCAGUUUAAUUAUGUUUCUAAUGAAAAACAAGAGACUUGAUAUUUAUGCGAUUCAAAUAUUUUGGGGAAAUCAUUCUCUUUUGUUUUUUCAAUUUCAAAAUGAGUGUUUGACAUCCAGAUGUUGAACAGAAUAAGAGUUUUUACUAAUAAGAUUUCUACAGCUUGGCCUACAUAAAGCUUGGUAUCCAUGGCAUUACCUGUUAUAUAAACAGUCCAAUCAGAGAACAUGCAUUUGAAGACAGUCAUCUGAUGUGAAWCUAACUUGUCCAGUCUCUUUGGUUAAUCUGGGAGUCUUUUUAUGAAGUCAUCCGUCCAAUACUUCAUUGACAUCAUCAAAGGCCUUAGAGAAAGAAAGUGCGCUUGUUUUGCAAGCCGGUUUGUCCCAGAGAUGGGCGGGACAUAGGUUUGGCAACCCGCUCAGACCUUACAGCAAACCUGGCAGUUUAUGUUGCCUAAUACCACUUAUGGAAACUCAGGACAUGCUGGUUUGUAAAACAAGCACACCCAGUCUAGAUCAGCCGUAACUUCAUGGUCUAAAGACUGUGUACACGUUUCCCUUAUCAUGUAUUGUCUGUAGAAAUUAAAAUAAAUGGAAAAAUAAAUGUAUUUAACGAAUGUUGCAUUCUUUAUAACAAUAUAUGGCUGUUACUAGUCCUUUUGUUUUCGCUAUACAUGGUGCUAUUGCGGUCUUAACGUAUAUAUAAAAUUGCUGCAUGUAUUUGAAUGUAUGUUUUUGCAAUUAAUGUAAAUGUUUAAAUAUAUUUUAUAAUACACAGAAAACUAAAGGUUUAAUUAUCUAUCAGACACUGCCCUCUCUACUAUCUGUGCACUGUUGUUUCACACCUGUAAGUAUACUCUUCUGAUAUGAAGAUGCAAGGAUCUUUCUCCCCCCCCUAAUUUACCUGGAAACUGAAUCUCCCCCCAGUAAUGUACCAUACUGUAUGAUGUAAAACAAGUCCCUUCUCCACCUGGAAGAAAAGAAGCAACACAACUUUUUAUUAGCACUUUGAAAGGGGCUACUGUAUGUGAAAGAAGGUUUUAUCAUAACAAUGCCUUGUACAGUUAAAUAGAUUUAUCAUACAUAUAUUUUUAUUUCCUUCGGUUUACCAGUGAACAGUUGAUAGCGGUAACUAGUUUGUGAAUAAAGUGUUGAAUGCCAAGGUUUCCUCUUCA